AUGUCUGAACCGCCACCACCAGAGCCACCUGCAACACCAGGUACAGAAGAUUUAGGUGAAAAUAAAAUACGAAUAAAAUCAACGGAAACUGAAAGCACAAAUGGUAUGGUAUCGGCCGCUGAAGAUAUAGCGGUAUCGUCGGCAACUGGUGCAAGAGGUGCAGGAAGUGAAGAAAAUGAUGUUGAAACGACAGCAAAAUCUUCUCCGGUUUGA